AUCCAGAAGGGAGGGGGUCACUGGGGGUCAGAUGAACGUUCACAAUUUAUUGAAUCCUCAUCGGUUUGCUCAUCCUCUUCCACGGCAGCUUCACCUCAUUACCACAGCGAAAGUGAAAACUAUAGUCCUCAUGCGAGCAGAUAUUAUGGCAAAUUAGCACCACGAGAAAUUGAAGAGCCUUCAAUGUAUCCAAGAACCGUUUGCGGGUCCCAUGGCGAUAACAGCGUAUCACCGCCCAACAUGCCGCGACGACGUGGACGUCAGUCAAAGGAUGAACAACUAGCAGCAGCCAACAGACUUCCACUGUCUGCUCGUGAAAUCUCUGAGAUGACGUUGGGAGAGCUGCACAAAGUGCUUAAGAAUGAGCAGCUUACCGAGCAACAGAAACAGUUGAUCCAAAUUUCGCGGAUGCUCGGAGGCAUAUUUAUUGUAGGAAAGAACAAGGUAGCCGCACGCACAUGCCGCGAACGACGUGGAGAACGUCAGCGAAACAUCCGUGAAACUGAAACGUGGACUGUUCCGGUACGCUUUUUUUGUUGA